CGUUUAUUUCGAAGGUUCGAUCCGGACAGAAACUCGAGCGGCUCGAAUUUUUAAUCUUUAAUCUUAGGUGUUUAUUUCGAGGAAUAGAGGAUUAGCACGAGCGAUAUCUAACCUCACUUUAUUAUUAUUUCGUUUCUUGUUUUGUUUUCAAAUUUCAAGAGAGUGUUUGAGUGGUUUGAGACAAAAUUUUAACGUUUGUGUCUUUUUUAAUAUAUAAUUUAGUAUUUUCAUGGAAAAAAAAAAGAAAUAGAAAUGUUUGGAGCGAGGAAGAAACCAUUUUUUUCCUUGAACUAUUGAAAGAAAAAAAAAUAUUAAAAUUAUUGGAUGGGAAAAGAUUUAAAGCAGCAGAAGUGUAUAAAGCCCUGGAAAAAGAAAUGCAAAAGGAGGGGUAUAAUAAGGAUGCAACGAUGAUGAGGACUAAAUUCAAAAAUCUGAAAGCUGAGUAUUACAAAGCCAAAAAACGUAACGAUCAAAGCGGAGUUGAUCCCAGAUAUUGCCCUCAUUUUGAAUUGUUGGAUGAGCUUUUGGGAGAUCGUCCAUCAGUGACUAUGGAAGGGGUAGACACCUCCCUAACUGAACAAGGGACUGAUGAAGAUGUUUCUGCUUCACAGGAAGAAAGCCAGUUGACAAACCAGAACAUCUCGGAGACAAUGGAGCAGUCGAAUCGAGAGGAGAAUACUGAAGACGGAGCUGAAAAUUCUGACUCUGAAGUACCAUCAGGAGUUUAUGAAGUGUCAAGUGAUGGGUACCUAUCACCUCUUCCAGCUGCGUUACCAGAAGGUGAAGCAUCAACAUCCAAUGCUACACCUAAAGUAGCCUCAGACUUUAGAAAGUCAAAGAGUCAUAGUGUUACUCCAUUAUCAAGAAACCCAACUGCUGUUUUGAUGGAGCUUAAAGAUUCCGUACAAGUUUGUCUAGCAAAAAUUGCAGAAAAAGAAGAAAAAGAUGACCAAUUUAUUGAAAAACUUUUAAAUGGUCAAUCGCAUCUCUUGAAACAAAUGACCAGAGACUUUAUUGAGGGGAUAGGUGAACUAUUCAAGAAAAAAAGGAAGAGAUAUUAUUCUUCAUCUUCCGAUGAGUCUGAGGAUGAUAAAAGGAAAAAAAGGAAAUAAGCCAUUCAUUAAUAGAUACAUAUGUAUAUUACUUUUUCUCAUAAUAAAGUUAUGCCUUUAAUUUUAUUAACAACUUGGUUUGCGGGCCAUAAAUUAUCUUUUAUGCCAUAUAUAUUGUAUAUACAUUGUAUAUAUAUAUAUAUA